CCCAACGAGUAGGACGUAACCGAAGCCUGCAUCAAGCUCAAACCGGCGUCCCUUUCUGUUCUCCUAAACCCUGUUCUGGUUUGUCUAGGUCUUUCCGUUUGUGAUUUGAGAAUUGAAAGCUCUAGCCUUUUCACAUGAUCAAGGGUUGAAAAUUAUUCAAUAUUGCUCCCGAACAAGUGUCUUGACAAUCAACAGCAUGAGAAAACCAAUACUCGAUCGUCUUAUUGACGCUGGGAUUGGUACUAUAUCAAGGUGUAUAACUUCUAGCCUGAGAAGAAAAGAUGGCAUCUUGCACCACCCCGAGUUCAAUCAAGCCAUCGCCGAAUAUGGUCGGACAUUCACCCGUAAGCGUGUUAACGAGGACGAUGCAAUGCUGAUAGGUGUCGAUGUUCUUGUCCGUUAUACGUUCAUACGUUCUGGAGGUGUCGGUUUCAUCUAUUUUAUGAAAAGUUAUUUCGACUGGCUGAAAGAAUGUAAGUUGGAGAUAGAGCGAAGCAGGGUAAGAUCCUUCCAAGAAGCCGAACAAGAAUUGGAGCAAAUCAUGCAACAAUAUCAAAUUUCCAAGCCAAGUAUCAAGGGAGGCAAUGAGCCAAAAGCUGCAGAUGGAGCUCAGGCCAAGGCAACGAAAAAUGAAAAACUAUGACCGGGAGCAGUUAAGUUAAGGCUUGAAUAAGAAUUCCCAAAUUCUAAGGCUUAUCACCAGUAUCAUUGUUGUUAGUGUUGUCUCAAGUCGAGAUUGCCGUGUGGUCGACUCCAAGAGCUGAGGAAACGUUGAGCAACAUCAACAGUCAUAGUAGAGAAUAUGUAAACAUAGUUUUCAUAUUAUAUUAUUUCCACUAGUAAACUUGUCGCGAAAAAUUUCAUUAUAUUUAUAAAAUGAACCUUCUCUAAUAUUCAAAUAAUAAAUUUGUUAUAUACACUUAAUUGUUUACCUUCUCAUUAUAAUAGUUUUG